UAUCACGUCUUUUCAAAACUGAAAUUUUUCUUUUUAAUUAUUUUGGUAAUUUAAAUUUUAAAGUCAAAAGUAUAUUUUUAUACAACGAUACGGAUACGUGUAAGCAACGUCAUCUGACGUUUCUAAACGUUCUAAUUUAUGACUUCCAAAGUUCUAAAACUAUGUCCAUGAUAAUAAAAUGUUCCCUAAAAAAAAAUCACUCGACCACAACGUAACGUCUACUUUCUUAUCUCAAAAUGAAGAAACUUUCACUAGGAAAUUUUUCCAUUCAAGUACCUCCAAUAAAUUGGUUUUCAACACAACCGCAGCCAACAUGAAUUGCUUACUCUCAGCUGUAUGUUUUCUACUCUUAAUUUCAAACCUCUAUUCAGUCGAUUCAUCCUGCGGAUGUAAAAAACUCACCAGAGUGUUCGGUACCAAACCAAUCCAAGGAAUAUGUUUCAACGUAAACUUCACCACUCUAAUUCAACAGCCCAGACCGACUCGAAACAUGAUACUGAUCUCAGGAGGAAGAUACUCGAUUGGGACCAACGAACCUGUAAUAAAACUUGACGGAGAAUCUCCUCAGAGACCUGUUCAAUUGAACGAUUUCUACUUAGAUAAAUACGAAGUGAGCAUAGGAGAAUUUGCUGAAUUCGUUUCUAAAACUGGAUACAUUACGGAUGCGGAACGAUUCGGUGAUUCUUUCAUAUUGUAUUCGAUGAUUGAAAACUAUACAGAGAAGAGAGCUCCGGCAGCAGUCGAGGUACCUUGGUGGUUACUUAUGAAAGGAGUAUCGUGGGAUCAUCCUGAAGGUUCGAAUACAACGAUAAAAGACAGACUGAAUCACCCAGUCAACCAUAUUAGUUGGUUCGAUGCUGUGACUUAUUGUAACUGGUUAGGUAAACGACUGCCUACAGAAGCUGAAUGGGAAGUAGCUUGUAAAGGAGCUAACGAUAACAGUAUUUAUCCUUGGGGCGAUGAAUUCAUUCCGAAUGGCAAACAUAUGGCCAAUACGUGGCAGGGAUUUUUCCCUUAUAAAAACACAGCGGACGAUGGAUAUAAAACAUUAGCACCGGUAGAUUCUUUCAAACAAGGAUCCCUCGGAUUGCACAACAUUAUUGGUAAUCUUUGGGAAUGGACUAACGAUUUCUGGACCACGAAGCAUUCCAAAAAGUUGCAAAUUAACCCUCAAGGACCUAAAAAUAGCACCGAUAAAGUGAAAAAAGGUGGCUCUUUUAUGUGUCAUAAAGAUUACUGUUUCCGAUUCCGAUGUGCAGCUCGCAGUCAAAACACACCGGAUUCUUCUUCGGUUAAUAUCGGCUUCAGAUGUGCUAAAUCAAUCUCUACGUAGUUUGUGAUUUAUUGUUGUUGUUUUUGUUUUUUUUUUUCGUAUGCGUAUUUUAUAAAACUUUGGUAUUUUUUUUAUAGAUGAGUGAUAUUUUGCCAUUUGCCUAUUUUAUUUUAACAUUAAGGGGUUUUUCGAAUUUUUGGGUAUUUUAUUAUUAUUAAUUUGUAUUCCAUGUUUUAUUUUUGUGCUCUUUUGAGCUUUUCAAUCUCUUUUGUAUAUUUUUAUAAGUUAUUAGUACGAACGUGAUUUAGUUUAUUACUUAUUUUACCAUUUUUUUUCUCGUGUUCCUCUUUUGUUUGUGAAUAAUUAUGUCGAUUAAAUUUUAUGUAUCGUUUUCAUCUCA